AUGCCAGGUUCGAAGCCGUACCCCGCUCCUUUGGUGAUCGCACCUCAAAGGAGCGACCGGCAUACCCAUACACUUAUUCUUCUCCAUGGCCGUGGCAGCAACGGUGAGCGCUUUGGCCAGGUCUUCCUCGAAUCAACCCACAUCGCGCGACGUCUCCCAACAGUGAAGUUUGUCUUCCCCACCGCGAGGAAACGUCGCUCCACGGUGCUAAAAAGGAUCCCCAUCAACCAGUGGUUUGACAAUUACUCAUUGGAAGAUCCAAAUACCCGGACGGAUUUACAGGUCGAUGGACUUGAGGAAAGUAUUUUCGUCCUGCGUGGGUUGAUAGACGAAGAGGCGCGGCUGUUAAAUGGCGAGUAUAGUCGCGUCAUCAUCGGAGGGCUGAGUCAAGGCUGUGCGACGUCUGUCUUGUGUCUUCUUGGAGGCUUUCCUGAAGAUGGUGAGAUCAAACAGCUUGGUGGAUUCAUUGGAAUGAGCGGUUGGCUGCCUUUUCAACGAGAGAUUUCGAGGUUGUUGGGAUCUAGUAAAGAUGAAUCUGUGACUGACGAUGAUGAUCCUUUCUCUCAUGACGAUGAGGACGGCGAGGAUGUCCCUGGGCAUGUCCAGGCGAUCAAUCAUAUUCGAGAUAUUCUUGACCUGUCGGCUUUGUAA